UGCCCGGUCUCUCCCUGCGCCCCCGGCGGGAGCCCUUGCCCCCGAGCGGGGCCUCCGCUCCCAGGAGCGCGGGGCGCGGGGCCGCGGGGCUCCCCGCGGCGCCCCCCGCAGCCUGCCGAGGGCCGCCCACACCCAACAUGGCGGCACCAGCGUCGCGGGCGCCCCUCAACCGCACGUGACCCCAGCUGUAGGAUUUCGCGAGGGUGGCGGCUCUCGCGAGAGGAGCCGGGUCGCCGUGGUAACGGGACGCGGCGGCGGCGGGCCCGGCCCGGCGCGCAGAGCCAUGGCGGUGCCGGCGGGGCCGCCCAGCAGAAAGGGAUCCUGCGCCGCGCCGCCUGCGGCAGCCGCGCCGCUCCUCGGCGAGCCGCCAGCGCCCAGCAAAGCCGUGCGGGUCGCCGUGUGGAAGGCCCGGGGCCUGAAAGGGAGCAAGAGUGACACACCAGUCACUGUGGUGCACGCAGAGUUCAAUGGCAUGAUCUUGGGAGAGUCCUCCAAGGUCGAUGUCUUGCCAAAUGGGACAGCAGAGUACAAUUUCACAACCAGCUUUGAAUACAGCCGUGACGGGCCCAACUCCUUGGACAGCAUUGCGCAAAGCCCCGUGCUCUUGACAGUGACAGAAGUGUUGCCAAGGGAGAAGAGACAGAAGGAGGAGAAGACUGUGCCUCUUGGCCAAGCUGUGGUGGACCUUCUACCUCUGCUGCAAGGACAGUGUUCAUUUAAGGUGUUAGCUCCUUUGUAUGCAGUGCCUACCUCUCCAUUAGAGAACGUUCCUCCAGAGGCCAAGUGUGGCCUUGAAGUGACUGUGUGUGUCCAAGAGCCCCUGCUUUCUGCAACUCAGCUUUCAAAUGGUAAUCUCCUGAGUGUCACCUUGGAGGCAGCUUAUUCUGUCCCCGAAGCAUUUGUUCCCACUGGACCCCUGCAAAACUACAUGGCUUGCCUGCAAGUACCAGCAGUUGGGGAGAGAGAAUUCCUCUUGGUCUUCAAGAAUGGUGUCCUAAAGCUUGGUGGUGAAAAAGAACCAUUACCCCGGCCCAAAAAAUGGCCACUUGGUAACAUCAUGGCCCCUGGUGCUCUGAACAUACCCAACUCCUUCAUCGUUGGUGGCCCCUAUGAAAAUGAGGAUGGAGAGCUCAACAAAAGAGAGGACAGAGAGUUCAGGGUCCAGUCAGAAAGCAUAAAGAAGAGAAUUGUAUGGGACAUGGAAAGACGUUGCUUCCUAGAUCCUGCUGCAGUACUUGUCCUGCAGAAGCGCAUUGCAGAGUGCCGCUACUGGCCUGUGGAGGUCUGCAGGAUGCCUGUGGUCUCUUCCAGUAAGGGGAAGACCAGCAAAACUGACAAGGGAGAUGACGACGGACAGAUUUUCUUCCAUGGUGUGGCAUAUGUCAACAUGGUGCCUUUGCUGUACCCCGGUGUGAAGCAGAUACGAGGGGCUUUUCGUGUCUUUGCCUAUAAAGACAGCGAGGUGUUUGAGAAGACUAAAAAUCAGCUCAGUGUUUUCCGGGAUCUGAGGCCUCAGAUCAGUCUGACCAAGGAAGGGCAAUGGGCCCCAGGGAUCAAUUCUCCUCUUUCCAGAGCUGCUCCCAGUAGGAUCCAGAGGGAGGAUAAAGAAAAAAUCACCAGAGAUAAGGAAUCCAACAGGAAGCUAUCCAGUGCAGUAAAAAUCCUGUCAUCAGAUGUUCCAGUAGAAGCUGAAAAUGUCACAUAUCUCAACCACAAUGGACAGCAAUAUGUUGAAGCAGGAACAUUCCUGGUGAUGGAGAUAAAGCUGGAGAAGGCCUUGGUACCAAAACGAUUGCCAGAGGAGCUCACCAGACGUUGUUCUGGCAGACCAAGGAGGUUGCGAGUUAAAGGAAUAACGACUUGGAUCAAGGAGAUGAUUCCCACUCGCCCUCUGCUGCCUCGCCAGACUGCAGGAGCCGAGAAGGCUGUGGAAGAUUAUCACAACCAGAUCACAAGCAUUGCUGUCACCAUCCUGAGCGAAUACCAUGAGCUGUUUGGGAAGCAGCUACCUGACCAAGGAGCAAUAAAUCAUCAAACCCUGGAGGAACAGAAGUGUCAACUCAACUUUGAGCUCAACAGCUCAGGAAAAUAUUUUGCCUUUAAGGAACAGCUAAAGUAUGUGGUGGUGAAGAUCGUGAGGGAGAAGUACCUGAAAACAACAGCAUUCGAGUCCCUGGAGCAGUUCCAGGCAUUUCUCAGUGAACUCUAUGUGUAUCUUGUGGAUCAGAUGCAUAUUGCCUUGAACCAGGUACUGUCCGAGGAAGCUGCUGCUCCUACCCCUCCGUCCUGCACGACUGACGAGCAGCUCCGGCUCUUUGCUCACGAAGCUGAAGUCAGCAAGGACUACAAACUGGCAUCUCUUUACUACCAGCAGAGGGUAGCUCGGGACCAGCACAACAUUCAGUACUGGCUGGACUAUGGAGCGUUCUACCUCUUGCUUGAUGAAACAAUCAAAGCCCAGGAAUGCUUCCGGGAGGCUCUUCGCCUGGACCCACAUCACAUGCAAAGCUUGCUGCUCUGUGGGAUUGUAGCAGUCAUGCUGCAGCAUUAUGAAGAGGCAGAGAUUUUCUUUGAGGAUGCCAGCUGCUUGGAGCCAUCCAGUGUUGUAGUCUGGACUCUUUUGGGCCUCUUUUAUGAGCUGCAAAAUAAUAAUAUUCGAGCAGAAAUGGCCUUCCGUGAGGCUAACAAGCUACUGCAGGCACAGCUUGCCAUGGAGAGGAGCGUCCCUGAGGCUCCUGAAGGAGAAGGAAGGAAAAAGCAAAUUUCUGCUGAGUGUGGGAGGCCUCUCAAUCCAUGCCCAGGAGCAUCCCUGCCAGAGGAGGCUGAAGACAGUGCAGCCAGCAGGCUGCCAGAGGCAGUGGAGGCUGCCCUAACCUGCAUGGUGCCUGAAGAGGAUGCUACUGCUCAGCAGAACAGGAGGCCUAAGAACAAGGAGGCAGCCCCGAGAGGACUUAGCCAACCUCCCUGCACUAUUUUUAUGAAGACAGUGGACUUCCUGAUUAAAGUCAAUGCCAUCCAGUUUGUUCACAUGGCACUUGCCCACGAGCUGCUGAGUCUUCAGGGAGGUGCCAGCUGUGACUACUACCUGGUGCUGGCCCAGACUUACUUGUUGAAGGAAGACUUCUCCAAAUCCGAAGAAUGUCUCCGCGAGGCCAUUAGACUUGACUACAUGAAUCCAAAUGUCUGGGCUCAGAAAGGCCACCUGUGCUACCUGAAGGGAGACCUUGCAGAGGCAAAGGAGUGCUAUGAGCGAACUGUCAGUUUUGUGGUGGAUGCUGCAGAGAUGCACUUUGUCUAUCUGCGCUUGGGCUCCAUCUACUUGGAAGAGAAAGAGUACGGCAUGGCGAAGCAGACAUACCUGCUAGCCUGCAAGAACUCCGCAUCCUGUCUCACCUGGCUGGGAGUGGGAAUUGCCUGCUAUAGGCUGGAAGAGUUGGCAGAAGCAGAGGAUGCGCUUGCUGAAGCCAAUGCCCUAAAUAACAGCAAUGCUGAAGUGUGGGCAUACCUAGCCCUCGUCUGUCUGCAAGGAGGAAGGCAGCUGGAGUCAGAGCAGUGCUACAAAUACACAGUGAAGUUAGGCCUGAAGAACGACGCCUUGCUGCAAGAGAUCCGGGCCGUGCAGCAGCGCGUCGGCUUCGGCGACCCGUCGUUCUGAGGCCCGGUUCAGCGGGGAGCCGCGCUGCGGCGCCCGCCUCCGCCGCAGGCCGCCCCCGAGCGCCCGCGGGCACGGGCCGAGGGGCAGGCAAGAGCCCCCCGGCGCGGCCUGCUCCCCGCUGCGCUCGCGGGGCCGCGGUGCUCCCCGACGGCUCUGCCGCGCCGGCCGGGAGCCCCCGCGCAGCCGCUUUCGCAGAGGAGCCCGGCGCGAGGCGCCGCCGCUGGCCGCGUCUGUAUCAACGUUCAUAAACUGCGUGUGUAAAAGCUGGGAAA